AUGUUCGAGUUCCAGAGACGUUUGUGUGAUGACCGUUCCGGGUUCCCGAGACAAUUAUAUGGUGCGAUGUUCCUCUGGUUUAAGAUAAUACCCUCAAAAGGGCUGAUUUAUGAAAUACGGCUAGUUAGCAAGAUGGAGAGGCGUCACAGUCAUGAUGACGAUAUAGAUUACACCUACGACAAUGCUUACAGAGGAUAUCAGUACUCCGACUACAACACUCCGGACAACCAUGGUUAUGAAAACACUCUGAAAGAAUCUGCCAUAAGAUCGUGGAAUCCUUUGAACUAUCUCGACUUUUAUAACCAUGACAACUUCCACAACACGCGCGGAACCUGGAGAUCAAGGUCGGAUGAAAAUAUCAAGGACUCUAGCAGUGGGUCGUUCCGGAGACUCCUCAUCGGUGUUGUUAUGGCGAUUGUCUGCAUACUCAUCAUUAUCGGAGUGACUAUCGGGUUGCUGGUUUCCUCAAGUGAUUCAUCUUCAGCAAUGCCUAACACUGACCAACCUGAAGCUACGACAACUACCAGUACAACAACUUCUACCCCGGAAGCUACGACAACUACAACUCCAACAAGUACUACCAAUGAACCUACGACAGCAACUGCGAUAACUACUACCCCGGAAGCUACGACAACUACAACUCCAACAAGUACUACCAAUGAACCUACGACAGCAACUGCGAUAACUACUACCCCAGAACCUACGACAACUACAACUCCAACAACUACUGCCCCAGAACCUACGACAACUAUAACUCCAACAACUACUGCCCCAGAACCUACGACAACUACAACUCCAACAACUACUACCCCAGAAGCUACGACAACUACAACUCCAACAACUACUACCCCAGAUAUUACGACAACUUCCACUCCAACAACUACUACCCCGGAAGCUACGACAACUACCAGUACAACAACUAUUACCCAGGAACCUACGACAACUACCAGUACAACAACUACUACCCGAGAACCUACGACAACUACAACUACAACAACUACUACCCAGGAACCUACGACAAUUACAACUCCAACAACUACUACCCCAGAACCUACGACAACUACCAGUACAACAACUACUGCCCCAGAACCUACGACAACUACAACUCCAACAACUACUGCCCCAGAACCUACGACAACUACAACUCCAACAACUACUACCCCAGAUAUUACGACAACUUCCACUCCAACAACUACUACCCCGGAAGCUACGACAACUACCAGUACAACAACUAUUACCCAGGAACCUACGACAACUACCAGUACAACAACUACUACCCGAGAACCUACGACAACUACAACUACAACUACAACAACUGCUACCCCAGAACCUGCUACAACUACAACUCCAACAACUACAACUACCCCAGAAGCUACGACAACUACAACUCCAACAAGUACUACCAAUGAACCUACGACAGCAACUGCGAUAACUACUACCCCGGAAGCUACGACAACUACAACUCCAACAAGUACUACCAAUGAACCUACGACAGCAACUGCGAUAACUACUACCCGAGAACCUACAACAACUACAACUCCAACAACUACUGCCCCAGAACCUACGAUAACUACAACUCCAACAACUACAACCCCAGAACCUACGAUAACUACAACUCCAACAACUACAACCCCAGAACCUACGAUAACUACAACUCCAACAACUACUACCAAUGAACUUACGACAGCAACUGCGAUAACUACUACCCCAGAUAUUACGACAACUUCCACUCCAACAACUACUACCCCGGAAGCUACGACAACUACCAGUACAACAACUACUACCCAAGAACCUACGACAACUGCAUUUUCAACAACUACUACCCCAGAACCUACGAUAACUACAACUCCAACAACUACUACCAAUGAACUAACGACAGCAACUGCGAUAACUACUACCCCGGAAGCUACGACAACUACCAGUACAACAACUACUACCCAGGAACCUACGACAACUGCAUUUUCAACAACUACUGCCCCAGAGACUACGACAACUACAACUCCAACAACUACUGCCCCAGAACCUACGACAACUACAACUCCAACAACUACUACCAAUGAACUAACGACAGCAACUGCGAUAACUACUACCCCGGAAGCUACGACAACUACCAGUACAACAACUACUACCCAGGAACCUACGACAACUGCAUUUUCAACAACUACUACCCCAGAACCUACGACAACUACAACUCCAUCAACUACUACCCCAGAACCUACGAUAACUACAACUCCAACAACUACUACCCAAGAACCAACGACAACUACAACUCCAACAACUACUGCCCCAGAACCUACGACAACUACAACUCCAUCAACUACUACCCCAGAACCUACGAUAACUACAACUCCAACAACUACUACCCAAGAACCUACGACAACUACAACUCCAACAACUACUGCCCCAGAACCUACGACAACUACAACUCCAUCAACUACUACCCCAGAACCUACGACAACUACAACUCCAACAACUACUACCCAAGAACCAACGACAACUACAACUCCAACAACUACUACCCCAGAACCUACGAUAACUACAACUCCAACAACUACUACCAAUGAACUUACGACAGCAACUGCGAUAACUACUACCCCAGAUAUUACGACAACUACCACUACAACAACUACUACCCCAGAGACUACGACAACUUCCACUCCAACAACUACUGCCCUGGAAGCUACGACAACUACCAAACCUACGACAGCUUCCACUCCAACAACUACUGCCCCAGAACCUACGACAACUACAACUACAACAACUACUACCCCAGAUAUUACGACAACUACCACUCCAACAACUACUGCCCCAGACCUUACGGCAACUACCACUACAACAACUACUACCCCGGAAUCUACGACAACUACCAGUGCAACAACUACUACCCAGGAACCUACGACAACUGCAUUUUCAACAACUACUACCCCAGAACCUACAACAACUACUGCCCCAGAACCUACGACAACUACAACUCCAACAACUACUGCCCCAGAACCUACGACAACUACAACUCCAACAACUACUACCAAUGAAUUUACGACAGCAAUUGCGAUAACUACUACCCCAGAUAUUACGACAACUACCACUCCAACAACUACUAACCCAGAAGCUACGACAACUACAACUACAACAACUACUACCCCAGAAGCUACGACAACUACCAGUACAACAACUACUACCCAGGAACCUACGAAAACUACAACUACAACAACUACUACCCAGGAACCUACGACAACUACAACUCCAACAACUACUACCAAUGAAUUUACGACAGCAACUCCAACAACUACUACCCCAGAACCAACGACAACUACAACUCCAACAACUACUACCCCAGAACCUACGACAACUACCACUACAACAACUACUACUCCAGAACCUACGACAACUACAACUCCAACAACUACUACCCAAGAACCUACGACAACUACAACUCCAACAACUACUACCCCGGAAGCUACGACAAUUACAACUCCAACAACUACUACCCCAGAGCCUACAAUAACUACAACUCCAACAACUACUACCCCAGAAGCUACGACAACUACAACUACAACAACUACUACUCCAGAACCUACGACAACUACAACUCCAACAACUACUGCCCCAGAACCUACGACAACUACAGCUAGAACAUCUACUACCCCGGAAGCUACGACAACUACCAAUACAACAACUACUACCCAGGGACCUGCGACAGCUACAACUCCAACAACUACUGCCCCAGAACCUACGACAACUACCAGUACAACAACUUCUACUCCAGAACUUACGACAACUACAACUCCAACAACUACUACCCCAGAAACUACGACAACUACAACUACAACAACUUCUUCCGCCGAAACCUCUACGCUGACAGAUAUUCCAACAGUGACGGUUCUUGUCCGGAAUAUAACAGCAAUUGCUGGUGACAAUGUGACGCUAGCCUGUAACGUGACCGGAACGCCUAUUGUGACUGAUGUGUUCUGGCAGAGAAUAGUCAGUGGGGGCGAGAUCGAGACACUGGUGGUCGAUGGUGUCCGUUACACGGGCGUGACCCCAGGUGACCCUUCUCUAAGAAUAAUCAGCGUAGCGAUAUCAGACAGUGCUGUAUAUAUCUGUAAAGCCAACAACAGUGUUGGAACUGGAAGUAGCAACCUCAUCACUCUUGAGAUAGAAGGUGUUCCCAUCGCUACAAUUCCUAAUACAUUUGUAUCUGGGGAUCUCGGAUUCAAUGUGACUUUGACGUGUAACGUCACUGGAAACCCCCCGCCUGUUGAUGUAUACUGGCAGAUGAAAGUCAACGAGACAGAACUUAGAACGAUAUUGGUUGAUGAAUCCGACUACAGUGGAGUGACCCUGAAUGAUGCUUCUCUCAUCAUUAUCAAAGCUAGUUUUGACGACAGCGCCGUUUACAUCUGUAAUGCAAACAAUAGUUUAGGGACCGGAAGUAGUUUACCGAUAACUCUUAACGUCUCAGCUGUUGCUGUGAACUACAAUGCAAGCCUGUCAUUAAAUGAAACAUUUAAUCCCGAGUUACUCAACACAAGCAGUCAAACGUUUAGAGAUAAGGCAGAAGAGUUUUCUAAUGCGAUGGACAGCACAGUUCUAAGUUCAAUAAAUGGCACACUGACGCAGGUGAUAAGUUUCAGUAAUGGAAGCAGCACGAUUGUCGAUUUUGUCAUCUGGUUCACCAGUAAUUUGUUAACGAGAAGUAAUACUACAGUUGUGCUGGAUGAGAGUAUAAUCUGGACCGUGAUUGCAGAUUCUCUGCAGACCAUCAGAAAUCAGUCAAACACUCCAACAAUCAUAUCAUCGAUAAUUUUAGAAUCUGUCCAAGGAAUCGUAAAAAUCUUUGAUAUGUUUUCGAAUAUGAGUGACAUUCUCCCCCGAAAAUCAUUCAUCCAUACAUUAUUUGUAUUAGCUGCCUAUUCGUCAGAUGUCCACACUCCAAGGACUAUAUACAGUCCUAACUUUCCACAAAACUACAACAACCAUGACAAUGUUCUGUGGAUUAAAGAAGUAGAUCCUGGAUAUUACAUAACUGUAACUUUCAUGGUUUUUAAAGUUGAAAAUGGCUUCGAUAAGCUGAGGAUAUAUGAUGGAUAUAAUACGUCUGCACCACUGAUUUCAAGUUUGUCCGGACAUAGUCUUCCUCAUCCUGUAUCAUCCACAGGCAGUGUAAUGUUGCUACAUUUUACAAGUGAUUAUUCAAUCGUCUACCAAGGGUUUUUUGCCACGUAUGCUGCUGUAGUAAAAAAUAUUCCAACAGUGACGGUUCUUGUCCGGAAUAUAACAGCAAUUGCUGGUGACAAUGUGACGCUAGCCUGUAACGUGACCGGGACGCCUAUUGUGACUGAUGUGUUCUGGCAGAGAAUAGUCAGUGGGGGCGAGAUCGAGACACUGGUGGUCGAUGGUGUCCGUUACACGGGCGUGACCCCAGGUGACCCUUCUCUAAGAAUAAUCAGCGUAGCGAUAUCAGACAGUGCUGUAUAUAUCUGUAAAGCCAACAACAGUGUUGGAACUGGAAGUAGCAACCUCAUCACUCUUGAGAUAGAAGAACCUACAACAACUAUAACUCCAACAACUACUACUCCAGAACCUACGACAACUACAACUCCAAAAACUACUACCCCUGAACCUACGACAACUACAGCUAGAACAUCUACUACCCCGGAAGCUACGACAACUACCAAUACAACAACUACUACCCAGGGACCUGCGACAGCUACAACUCCAACAACUACUGCCCCAGAACCUACGACAACUACCAGUACAACAACUUCUACUCCAGAACUUACGACAACUACAACUACAACAACUUCUUCCGCCGAAACCUCUACGCUGACAGAUAUUCCAACAGUGACGGUUCUUGUCCGGAAUAUAACAGCAAUUGCUGGUGACAAUGUGACGCUAGCCUGUAACGUGACCGGAACGCCUAUUGUGACUGAUGUGUUCUGGCAGAGAAUAGUCAGUGGGGGCGAGAUCGAGACACUGGUGGUCGAUGGUGUCCGUUACACGGGCGUGACCCCAGGUGACCCUUCUCUAAGAAUAAUCAGCGUAGCGAUAUCAGACAGUGCUGUAUAUAUCUGUAAAGCCAACAACAGUGUUGGAACUGGAAGUAGCAACCUCAUCACUCUUGAGAUAGAAGGUGUUCCCAUCGCUACAAUUCCUAAUACAUUUGUAUCUGGGGAUCUCGGAUUCAAUGUGACUUUGACGUGUAACGUCACUGGAAACCCCCCGCCUGUUGAUGUAUACUGGCAGAUGAAAGUCAACGAGACAGAACUUAGAACGAUAUUGGUUGAUGAAUCCGACUACAGUGGAGUGACCCUGAAUGAUGCUUCUCUCAUCAUUAUCAAAGCUAGUUUUGACGACAGCGCCGUUUACAUCUGUAAUGCAAACAAUAGUUUAGGGACCGGAAGUAGUUUACCGAUAACUCUUAACGUCUCAGCUGUUGCUGUGAACUACAAUGCAAGCCUGUCAUUAAAUGAAACAUUUAAUCCCGAGUUACUCAACACAAGCAGUCAAACGUUUAGAGAUAAGGCAGAAGAGUUUUCUAAUGCGAUGGACAGCACAGUUCUAAGUUCAAUAAAUGGCACACUGACGCAGGUGAUAAGUUUCAGUAAUGGAAGCAGCACGAUUGUCGAUUUUGUCAUCUGGUUCACCAGUAAUUUGUUAACGAGAAGUAAUACUACAGUUGUGCUGGAUGAGAGUAUAAUCUGGACCGUGAUUGCAGAUUCUCUGCAGACCAUCAGAAAUCAGUCAAACACUCCAACAAUCAUAUCAUCGAUAAUUUUAGAAUCUGUCCAAGGAAUCGUAAAAAUCUUUGAUAUGUUUUCGAAUAUGAGUGACAUUCUCCCCCGAAAAUCAUUCAUCCAUACAUUAUUUGUAUUAGCUGCCUAUUCGUCAGAUGUCCACACUCCAAGGACUAUAUACAGUCCUAACUUUCCACAAAACUACAACAACCAUGACAAUGUUCUGUGGAUUAAAGAAGUAGAUCCUGGAUAUUACAUAACUGUAACUUUCAUGGUUUUUAAAGUUGAAAAUGGCUUCGAUAAGCUGAGGAUAUAUGAUGGAUAUAAUACGUCUGCACCACUGAUUUCAAGUUUGUCCGGACAUAGUCUUCCUCAUCCUGUAUCAUCCACAGGCAGUGUAAUGUUGCUACAUUUUACAAGUGAUUAUUCAAUCGUCUACCAAGGGUUUUUUGCCACGUAUGCUGCUGUAGUAAAAAAUAUUCCAACAGUGACGGUUCUUGUCCGGAAUAUAACAGCAAUUGCUGGUGACAAUGUGACGCUAGCCUGUAACGUGACCGGGACGCCUAUUGUGACUGAUGUGUUCUGGCAGAGAAUAGUCAGUGGGGGCGAGAUCGAGACACUGGUGGUCGAUGGUGUCCGUUACACGGGCGUGACCCCAGGUGACCCUUCUCUAAGAAUAAUCAGCGUAGCGAUAUCAGACAGUGCUGUAUAUAUCUGUAAAGCCAACAACAGUGUUGGAACUGGAAGUAGCAACCUCAUCACUCUUGAGAUAGAAGAACCUACAACAACUAUAACUCCAACAACUACUACUCCAGAACCUACGACAACUACAACUCCAAAAACUACUACCCCUGAACCUACGACAACUACAGCUAGAACAUCUACUACCCCGGAAGCUACGACAACUACCAAUACAACAACUACUACCCAGGGACCUGCGACAGCUACAACUCCAACAACUACUGCCCCAGAACCUACGACAACUACCAGUACAACAACUUCUACUCCAGAACUUACGACAACUACAACUACAACAACUUCUUCCGCCGAAACCUCUACGCUGACAGAUAUUCCAACAGUGACGGUUCUUGUCCGGAAUAUAACAGCAAUUGCUGGUGACAAUGUGACGCUAGCCUGUAACGUGACCGGAACGCCUGUUGUGACUGAUGUGUUCUGGCAGAGAAUAGUCAGUGGGGGCGAGAUCGAGACACUGGUGGUCGAUGGUGUCCGUUACACGGGCGUGACCCCAGGUGACCCUUCUCUAAGAAUAAUCAGCGUAGCGAUAUCAGACAGUGCUGUAUAUAUCUGUAAAGCCAACAACAGUGUUGGAACUGGAAGUAGCAACCUCAUCACUCUUGAGAUAGAAGGUGUUCCCAUCGCUACAAUUCCUAAUACAUUUGUAUCUGGGGAUCUCGGAUUCAAUGUGACUUUGACGUGUAACGUCACUGGAAACCCCCCGCCUGUUGAUGUAUACUGGCAGAUGAAAGUCAACGAGACAGAACUUAGAACGAUAUUGGUUGAUGAAUCCGACUACAGUGGAGUGACCCUGAAUGAUGCUUCUCUCAUCAUUAUCAAAGCUAGUUUUGACGACAGCGCCGUUUACAUCUGUAAUGCAAACAAUAGUUUAGGGACCGGAAGUAGUUUACCGAUAACUCUUAACGUCUCAGCUGUUGCUGUGAACUACAAUGCAAGCCUGUCAUUAAAUGAAACAUUUAAUCCCGAGUUACUCAACACAAGCAGUCAAACGUUUAGAGAUAAGGCAGAAGAGUUUUCUAAUGCGAUGGACAGCACAGUUCUAAGUUCAAUAAAUGGCACACUGACGCAGGUGAUAAGUUUCAGUAAUGGAAGCAGCACGAUUGUCGAUUUUGUCAUCUGGUUCACCAGUAAUUUGUUAACGAGAAGUAAUACUACAGUUGUGCUGGAUGAGAGUAUAAUCUGGACCGUGAUUGCAGAUUCUCUGCAGACCAUCAGAAAUCAGUCAAACACUCCAACAAUCAUAUCAUCGAUAAUUUUAGAAUCUGUCCAAGGAAUCGUAAAAAUCUUUGAUAUGUUUUCGAAUAUGAGUGACAUUCUCCCCCGAAAAUCAUUCAUCCAUACAUUAUUUGUAUUAGCUGCCUAUUCGUCAGAUGUCCACACUCCAAGGACUAUAUACAGUCCUAACUUUCCACAAAACUACAACAACCAUGACAAUGUUCUGUGGAUUAAAGAAGUAGAUCCUGGAUAUUACAUAACUGUAACUUUCAUGGUUUUUAAAGUUGAAAAUGGCUUCGAUAAGCUGAGGAUAUAUGAUGGAUAUAAUACGUCUGCACCACUGAUUUCAAGUUUGUCCGGACAUAGUCUUCCUCAUCCUGUAUCAUCCACAGGCAGUGUAAUGUUGCUACAUUUUACAAGUGAUUAUUCAAUAGUCUACCAAGGGUUUUUUGCCACGUAUGCUGCUGUAGUAAAAAGUUGA